AUCAGAACAAUGUUCCCGGUCGUCAGCCAGGCAACUUGCCUAGCACCACGGAACCAAACCCCCGUGAACAUGUGCAAGCCAUCACUCUCCGAAGCGGGAGACAAACAACCGUGGCUGAGCAGAAAGACGAGGAAGAGGAAGGUACCCCAACCAUGGAACCUGAGAAACAAACUGAUGCUCCAACUGAGAAGAGCAUGGAACCAACACGCCCUAACACAAAGGUCACUAUCGUCAAACCUUCUCUCCCGUUUCCUUCACGGGUUAGAAAUGAUGACGAUAGCAGGAAGUACAACAAAUUCCUGGACCUACUCAAACAACUCCACGUCAACCUGCCGCUGAUGGAUGCCCUAGCGGAAAUGCCCAAAUAUGCCAAGUUUUUCAAAGACUUGCUGACAAACAAGAGGCAGCUGCAGGAACUCUCAGUCGUGGACUUAAACGCAGAAUGCUCGGCCGUGGUUCUGAGGUCAAUACCCGAAAAGCUAAAGGAUCCAGGUAGUUUCACUAUCCCUUGCUCUAUAGACAAUUUCAACUUCAAUAAUGCUCUAGCUGACUUAGGGGCAAGUAUCAAUCUGAUGCCUUCCUCUAUAGUCGAGAAGCUAGGACUUGGGGAAAUGAAACCCACCAGGAUGUGUCUUCAACUGGCUGAUCGCUCAGUCAAAUAUCCGAAAGGAAUUGUUGAAGACGUCCUGGUCAAGGUUGACAAAUUCAUUUUCCCAGUCGACUUUGUAGUAAUGGACAUGGAAGAGGAUAGGGAAACACCUCUUAUUCUGGGAAGGCCAUUUCUGGCUACCGCCAGGGCCUUGAUUGAUGUCACUGAUGGCUCAUUAACUCUAAGAGUCGGAGAUGAUCUAUGCACCUUCCGACUCUCAGAUGUUAUGAAACACCCCACAGAUUCCUUUCAAGGAUGUCAUUUUCUUGAUACCUUUGAGUCUAUUGAAGGGUAUCUGUUUGGGGAAGAAAAUGGACAUGUAACUGAUGAGGCAUGUCUGUUAAAAAAGGCCAACAGUGAUGUGAGUGAUGCAUGUGAGAGUUGUGAGGAUGCGCUGAUUGAUCAAGCUUCUAACGAAGUAUUGACUGAGUUUGAAGGGGAGAAAAAUGAACAAAACUUGAAAAACGACCACCCCCUCGAACUAAAGAAACUGCCCGACCACUUAGAAUAUGCAUUCUUGGAUGACGAAGGCAAAUGCCCUGUCGUCAUCGCCGCACACUUAAGUGAGGAACAAAGGGAGAAAUUACUUGGAGUCCUUAAGACACACAAGCAAGCAAUUGCUUGGAAACUUGAGGACAUCAAUGGAAUUAGCCCCACCUUUUGUACCCACACCAUCAAAAUUGAGGAAGGGUUUAAACCAGUUGUCCAACCACAACGACGUUUAAACCCAAACAUGAUGGAAGUAGUGCGUGCCGAGAUUGUCAAACUGCUGGAUGCAGGUAUCAUUUACCCCAUCUCUGAUAGCCAGUGGGUAAGCCCUAUUCAUGUUGUCCCCAAAAAGGGGGGAAUGACCGUCAUGAAAAAUGAAAAGGGCGAACUUCUACCCAGUCGAACUGUUACCGGGUGGCGAAUGGUAAUCGAUUACCGCAAACUGAACGAAGCCACCCGGAAAGACCAUUUUCCCCUUCCCUUCAUCGAUCAAUUAAUAGAGAGGUUGGCAGGCCAUAGUCACUACUGUUUCC